GUCUCUCGGGAGGCUGGAUUAGCCACAAGUUGUGGUGAACCAGGGUAAAAUCGGUGUGCCUCUUUCUUUUCUGUUUACUUCUCACUUAUUCAUUUUUAUUCCUGCGAUUUCUUGAUCAAACGCUAUUCACCCCCCCUCUAGCGUUGGUCUAUUAUUCUAACAAUUGGUAUCAGAGCCUAACUCGCGUCCAAACUUAACCGUUUGAGAGUAAAGCGAUCAUGGGCCCUUCUUCUAGAAAUCUCUAUGCAGGAAUUGGAGAAGGUCAAUCAACCUCUAGGCCACCACUCUUUGAUGGCACCAACUACUCUUAUUGGAAGGAACGGAUGAGAAUCUAUAUUCAUUCCACCAACUUCCAAUUGUGGUUGGUGAUCAAAAAUGGCGAAGAAAUCCCUAUGAAGAAAAUGGGAGAAACCACGGUCCCAAAGACCGAAGACGAAUUUGAUGCCGAGGACAUCAAGAAGAUCGAAAACUAUGCAAAGGCCAUCAAUAUGCUAUAUUGCGCGGUCAACCCCGAUGACUACCGAAAGAUCUCCUGUAACACAACCGCCAAGGAGAUGUGGGACAAGCUCGAAGUGACGUACGAAGGUACCGAUCAAGUUCGCGAAGCCAAGAUCGACUUUCUCACCCAAGAGUACGAAAUGUUCCGGAUGAAAGAUGGUGAGAAAAUUGAUGACAUGUUCGACCGGUUCUCAAAGAUCAUCAACGAUCUUCAUGCUCUCAAAAAGACCUACACCAACAAGGAUCUUGUGAGGAAAAUCCUGCGGAGUCUCACACCCGAAUGGAGGUCAAAAGCCGAUGCAAUCUACGAAUCCAUCGGAGUCUCCAACGUCACCAUCGACGGGCUAAGAG